GGUCGAGAUGCGGUUCCUGGUGUCAGCUGUCCUGCUGUGGCUGAGCGCAGCCGCCGCAGCGGAGGAGGAAACGGUCUCGGUGCAGCUCCUGCAGGGCGUCAUCGAAGGCAGCAGGUCCGAGGCCAAGGGAGGGAAGUCCUUCUACAGCUUCCAGGGCAUUCCCUACGCCGAGCCUCCCGUCGGGAGUCUGAGGUUCAAGGACCCUUUGCCUGCCGGGGCGUGGGAGGGCGUGAGGAACGGCUUCGUCGCCCCGCCCGCAUGUCCGCAGCCGUUCUACCCGUUGAAGACCAGCGAAGACUGCCUGUUUCUCAAUGUGUUUACACCUCGGGCCAACAAGUCGGACCUUCCCGUCAUGGUGUGGUUUUUACCCGGAGGUUUUGUGAUGGGUAGCAUGGAGAUUUACCGACCAGAGUACUUGGUUGCCAAGGACGUGGUGUAUGUCACCGUCCAGAGCCGUAUCGGAAUCCUGGGAUACCUUUCGACUGAGGACUCUGAGCUCCCGGGCAAUCUAGGGCUGAAGGACCAGACAUUGGCCCUCAAGUGGGUUCAGGACAACAUUCAUGCCCUUGGCGGUGACCCAGACAAGGUCACCAUCUUUGGACAGAACGCGGGAGGCGCGUCGGUGCACUACCACAUUUUGUCUCCAAUGUCGAAAGGUUUGUUCAAGCGAGCCAUCAUGCAGUCAGGAACAGCUUUGUGCUCUUGGUCAGUUCGGGAGGACCAUAGGUACAUGGCAGGUCAGAUCGGUAGCAUCUUGGACUGUCCUGGAGCGACAGAGAAUCCGAAUUCUGCAGACCUUAUUGAAUGCCUGAAGAAGGUCCCUGCUGAUCAGCUGACCGCUGCGCUUCUCAAACUACCAUCCCCCUACGUGAUGGGCCCCCGCGUGGACGGAGAGUUCCUCCCGGACCAUCCCGCCACGCUGGUCAGGGAAGGCCGCUACAACCGUGUCGACAUCAUCGCCGGCAAGACACGAGACGAAGGCGCGCUUAAUGUCCGAACGUUCUUGAAAGACGGCGUAGUGGACGCUAUGAUAAAGAGCUUCGGCAUAAUAGGCCCCUAUAUAAUGGGAUUAAAUGUUUGGGACGACAACAUUGACUUCAUUGGCCGCCUCAUCUUCCACCGUUACAUGGGUCCCAUUGAGUUUGACAUGAGCAAGGUCCACACCCUGGUCAAGCUCAUUGGUGACUGUUACUUCAAUAUGUGCACCAUGGAUGCUAUAGAAAACCAUGCAAGAAAUACUGCCUUUGGCAACAGUGUCUACGCCUACGAGUUGCAGCAUCGUGGAACAUACCUUCACUGA